CGCCGAGCGGCUAGCGCCUUGAUCCACGACGACGACGAGCGCGAUGUCGAAGCAUUUCCAGUUCAAGCUUGUCCUGCUCGGCGAGUCCGCGGUCGGCAAGUCGAGUCUUGUGUUGCGGUUCGUGAAGGACCAGUUCGAUGACUACAGGGAGAGCACGAUUGGCGCUGCUUUCCUGACGCAGACGGUUACGCUGGACGAUGGGACCACGGUGAAGUUCGAGAUCUGGGAUACUGCUGGUCAGGAGCGCUAUAAGUCUUUGGCGCCCAUGUACUACCGCAACGCCAACUGCGCCGUCGUCGUGUACGACAUUACGCAGUCCACGUCGCUCGAGAAGGCACGGACGUGGAUCCGCGAGCUGCAGCGGCAGGCGGACCCGUCCAUCGUGAUCGCGCUGUGCGGCAACAAGGCGGACCUCGCCGCGCGGCGGCAGGUGACGCAGGAGGAGGCGCAGAAGUACGCCGAGGAGGAGGGCCUCAUGUGGGGCGAGACGAGCGCGAAGACGGGCGAGGGCGUCGCGGAUAUAUUCACGGCGAUUGCCAAGAAGCUGCCGUUGACUGCACCACCGUCUGCACGGAGCGGGGGCGCUGCUCGCGGCACAACUGCGGCACGAAACGGCGUUAACCUCACCAACCAGCAGAACAACACCGCGGCCGAUGCCUGCAACUGUUAGAUGACCCAACCUUUCGAGACUUGACUCCCUCCUUCCACCACCCGCUGUUGUCCUUGUACGAUAGCCGGCACGUUUGUGUCCCGUCGGACUGCUGGGCUACUUUCAUUUACCAUAUGUAUGCGACGCGCUUCCCUACCUACAUGACCUCAGUACGCUUAGCAUGGUACUCGUUACGCCUCUUCCAAUGCCGUAGACCAUUGUUGUUUGUGUACGGGUGUGUCGGACGCACGGACGUUGCUGCAUCCCGCCACGCCACGUGGCCAGUAGCGCUCCGCUCCAGGGCCGAUCCGGAAAUUUGCACGUUGCUCCCGACCUCUUCGUUCUCGC